UCGAGCUCGCGACAGGAGAUCCGCGCCCGCUCCGUUGCCGUGGUUGCAGGCCGUACCUACAGCUAGCCCGCUGACAGCGAGGCUUAGGGCGGAGGGAAGAGGGUCGGUUGGUCGGUCCGGAACGAGGCUCCAGCGGCCAGCCCCGCGCGGAACUGUUGCCAUGGCAGCCGCCGCCGGGGGCGCGGACAACGAACCGCGAUCCGGUCGCUCGAGCUCAGAUGGAGAGUGCGCGGUAGCGCCGGAGCCGCUGACGGGCCCCGAGGGCCUCUUCUCCUUCUCAGAUUUCGGGUCUGCGCUUGACUGCAGCGCGAGCCUCCCGGCCCGGGGGUCCAGCGGGGCCCAGUCCCCGCUGCGCUACCUCCACGUCCUGUGGCAGAAGGACUCGGAGCCCCGCGAUGAGCUGCUCCGUAAGAUCCCCGCCGGUCGACUUAGGCGCGCCGCCAGGCCCCACCGCCGGUUCGGGCCCAUGGGCAAGGAGGUGCACGCUCUGAAGAGGCUGAGGGACUCGGCCAAUGCCAAUGACGUGGAAACAGUGCAGCAGCUGCUGGAAGAUGGCGCUGAUCCCUGUGCAGCAGAUGAUAAAGGCCGCACGGCUCUGCACUUUGCCUCCUGCAAUGGCAACGACCAGAUUGUGCAGCUGCUGCUGGACCACGGGGCCGACCCAAACCAGCGAGAUGGACUGGGGAACACGCCACUGCACCUGGCGGCCUGCACCAACCACGUCCCUGUCAUCACCACACUGCUGCGAGGAGGGGCCCGCGUAGACGCCCUGGACCGGGCUGGCCGCACACCCCUGCACCUGGCCAAGUCAAAGCUGAACAUUCUGCAGGAAGGCCACUCCCAGUGCCUGGAGGCCGUGCGGCUGGAGGUGAAGCAGAUCAUCCAGAUGCUGAGGGAGUACCUGGAGCGCCUGGGGCGGCACGAGCAGCGGGAACGGCUGGACGACCUGUGCACCCGCCUCCAGAUGACGAGCACCAGGGAGCAGGUGGAUGAGGUGACAGACCUCCUGGCCAGCUUCACCUCCCUCAGCUUGCAGAUGCAGGACAUGGAGAAGAGGUAGCAGCGGGGCUCCCUGCCUUCUCGGCCCACCCCGCCCACCUGCUCUCUCAUUACCAAGAAAGCCUGAGGCCUGGGACUUCGGAGCUGCACUUGUCGGGGAGGCCUUCGGCCUCACCCCCAAUGCCGUGGGCUGGAGAUGCUCUCACCAGCCUCAGAGCCUCUUCCGGUCACCAUCCCUCUCAUCUCCGUGGGCUGGGACUGUGCCCCCCGCUUCUCCCUCUGAUCCCCGCAGAACGGCAGCCACGCCUCGCCCCUGGUGACCCUGCGCUGUCCUCAUAGGGCGUUCUCGUCUCGUGGUCUCCCUGGCACCCUCAGCAGGCUCAGGACCCCUCUCUGGGCCCCUUCCCCAUCGUGGGCUUGUCGCAGCCAGCAGGCGCCCCCGCCUCUCACCAGCACUUGGAUUCAGACUUGGCUCCUGCCUUCCUAGGAGGCACCGCAGCGGUUUCUCUGCUUGGAAGGGGCAGGCUGGUGCGGCCUGGACCUUAGGGAUACACAGUUGGGGAGGGCCCUGCACAGCCCAAAGCAGGACACCCCCAACUCUUUUCCCUCCCCAUCACUGAAACGCCGGGAGGGCACAGUGACUCUGCAGCCUAAUCAUAGUGGGGUGAACAGUGGGCCCCAAGAUGGCCACGUUCUAAUCCCGGGCACAAAGGGAUAUUGCAUUAGUCAUGAGGAUCUUCGGACAAGGCGAUUAUCCCAGAUUAUCUGGGGGCUGAGGUGAUCGCAGAGACCCUUCUGAGAGGGAAGCAGAUCAGGGAGGAAGUAGGAAGCCGAUGGAGCAGGGGCAGGAGCUGAGGAAGGGUCACAAGCUAAGGAAUGCAGUUGACCCCCCGAAGCUAGAAAAGGCUUCGGUCCCUCAGAGCCUCCGGACAGACCCAGCCCUGCCGACACCGACGGUAGCCCAGUCAGACUGAUGUUAGAGGUCUGAGCGUCCGAACUGUAAGAAUAAAUUUGUCUUUUAAGCCA